AUGUCUGAUGUCAUUGAUUUGGAUUCACAGGAUACUGAUGAGGCUGGAAUGUCAUCGGACAGUCUUGUUACAUCGGAUGUAAAGACUCCCGUCACAUCAAAGGUUUCUACCCCUUCUCCCAGUUUGAAAGCGAAUAAAAUUGAAAAACCUCCAAAGAAGAAGGGUCAAAUGACAUUUGCAGAUUUUAAAAGCAUUAAAGUUGUUCAUUCUCCCUCAGAUUUAUCCAGUUUUGCAACAGGGUUGAGAAGAUCGGCUCGUGUACCGUCUCUAAGAAAAAACUUGAAUGAAGAAGACCUCAUUGAUGAGAUGAAAACUAAGCCUAGGAGGAAAGAAAAGGACUCGACCAAUGACACCAAUAAAAUGGUAAAAAAAUUGAAGACAUCAUCGUCAUUGGACAAUAAAAAUUUAGAAAAUCUUUCAUUGAAUCAGAACUGGUCACCAAACGUUCCCAUACUAUCUUCUGAUUUUAUUGACAAAGAUUCUACGAAGGGUUUAAGAAUUCAAGACAUAUUUGCUGACGUGAAGAAUAUACCGUACGCAGGAACGAUUAUGAAAUUAAUGACAUUUCUCAAUAAGUUCAGUUCCUUUUUUUCCAAGGAUUUGUCGAAGUUAUCGUUUCAGACAUUUGAAAUAGGUUUAGAUCUUUACCCAGCAACAAGUGCCACAAAAAAAACUAGCUCACUGGACGACCCUAUUAAGGCAUAUUCAGAUUUUAUACCAACAAAAGAUAUAAUAGAUUCACAAGAUAAGAUAAAUCUUUUUCUGUUGACAUUACUGAAAUUACUUUUCAAUAUACCGAAAUCUGGGAUCUUUCAAUCACCUGAGUUGGAACAAUUUAGGUCCUCCAAAACCAAAUUUAGCAACUUAUUCCAACAGUUACGUCACAAGGCCAUUGAAUGGGGGUAUCCAAAGGAAUGGAGAGUUCAUCCUAUUGCAAUUUCCAAGUGGGAGUGGGACAUAUUUGAAAAAAUCGAUAAUGGAUCUCCCGUUGACCCUAAAAACCCUGAAAUUUUAACAAAUCGUCUCCCAGAGGUACCCCUAAUGCAACCGCUUCCAAGAGAAUCUGAUCCAUUAUAUGCUUCAAACAUAGACAAAAAAGGUAUACUAGCAUUGAAUCCAUCUGAUAGAGUUACUCUUCUGAGUGUACUAGUUGAUUGGUGUCUUAUAAAUUCUUCAGUAGUUCAUAAUGAAAUCCAGAGGUUGAGUCAUUUAAAAAAAGAUUUUCCAUUUGGAAUCGUGACAGAUCAUGCUCCUCGAUUUAUAGCAAAUGGUAUAGCGCAAACAUACGAAGAUUUUCAUGCAUUAACCUCUCUAAUGCACAGAAAAUUGUUAAACAGAAAUAAGAAACGAUCUCAAUUGAGGGAAGAUAAGAGAAAAGAUCUUUCAAACAAGCUGAAUCUUGUCAAUGAGAUUACAAAAUCUCUGAAAGGUGUGAAAUAUAAGCAAGGCUUGAUCACCGUAGCUGACCACUCCAGUAAAUGGUCCAAGCUAUUUAUUGAUGAAAUGAUGGACACACCUGUGUCCUAUCCGUACGAGGAUGUAUAUAAAUUGCGAAUGCAAGAGUUUUUGGUUGGAAGGAUAUCUAACUGUGGUGACUUCUAUCUUCCUCGCCUUAAUACAUAUGGUGAUUCUAUGGAUGUGUUUUGGUUUACCGAUGCGCCAACUUUAAUGAGGUUGUUAGAAGAUUUGUCCUCUAACAAGAUUGAUAAACUAAAUUUCUACGAGCAAUUUGGUCACUUAAUAAAUAUCGAGUUCAAACUUCUAUUUCAUGAUAAGAGGAGUAUGAUGAAAGACAUUCUUAAUGCUAAGACUAGUGAGGAUAGUCAAUACUGGUUUGAGAUCAGUACUGACAUUGAGAGCCUUGAUAAGUUUUUAAGCAAUAUAAAGGAAUUACUAGCCACAGAUAAAUUAAUUGAACAAAAGAGUGUAAGAGAUCAAUGUACAGCUUUAGUUGAGUAUCUUGCAUAUUUUCGGGAACUGAUUCAUAUGUUGAGCAACAUGAAGGAUGAGUUCCAAGAAAUUGUUUCCAGUUCAAGAAGAAGUAGACGAACCCAAGAACAUGAAAUUAAUUACGCAGUUGAUAAUCAAUAUACCGAUGACUACGAAGAUGAUGUAAACGAAGAAUAUGUAGAUGCCAAUGACUACUCUGAAGAAGAAUAUAUGGAGGAGGGUUUCUCAGACAACAACUACCAAGAAGAAGAAAAAUCACCUGCUGAUGAGGAGGAGACUAAGAGCGAAACAGAAUCUCAAUCAAGAAGGGACAGAUCCUUAAGAAGAGCUGCACAAAGAUAA